ACCACUGGGAAUAGUUAAAAACUAAGUGAAGACAGAAAACAUAGCAGAGCAGCUGGCGUGGAGAGAAACAAGUGUGUUUAUGUUGUUGUGUAGGACAGAAAACCUCACACCAGGGAUUGUGGAGGAGGAAGGAGAACUAUAACAGAGAGCACAGAGACUGUUCCUGUAAGUUAGCAUCAAUGCAAACAUCAUCAUGUUCAGUGCUGUUUGCUACCAAAGAGUCCAACCCACAAAGAAGACACAGCAGCCAUCCUGUCCUUCUGCAUCCUGUCUGAUACAUUUUUCUUUCAGAGAACUGGCAAGAGUGACAAUCUCUUAACCUCAUCACUCUGACCUAUUAACUUUACCUUUAACGUCUGGAGUCCUGAAUGACUCACAGCUCUCAAGGUAUGAACUACAGCAAUGUUACCCACACCUCUGGCUGUGGAAGCCAAUCAGCUGGGAACAGGACAGACUUCAGUAGUGUGUUUACGCAGCAAGUCCUUCCCGUGCUCUAUGCUCUGAUCUGUGCAGGUGGGCUGGUUUUAAAUGGCCUGGCUGCAUGGAUCUUCUUCCGGCUGCCCAGCACGUCUGGCCUUAUGGUCUACCUGAAGAACAUGGUGGUGGCCGAUCUCCUGAUGCUGCUCUCCUUCCCGUGGCGCGUGGCCAGCGACCUGGGUAUUGGCGGCUGGCAGAUGAAGGUGGUUGUGUGCCGCUACACAGCCGUGCUCUUCUACCUCAGCAUGUACACGGGCAUAGUGUUCAUGAGCCUCAUUAGUUUGGAGCGCUAUGUCAAAAUUGUCCGUGCUUCCUCCACUUCCUCUUCAUUUUGCCUUUGCUCUUUCAAUGCCUCUUCCCUCCUGCAGCGUGUGCCCAUGGCCAGAGUAUUGGCCUUCCUAGUCUGGGCCUUGCUGCUGCUUUGUAUGCUACCCAACACCCUGCUGACAAAUCGCCCCGCGGCUGAGGGCUGCUCAUGCAUGGAGCUAAAAAGUGCGCUUGGUCGCCGCUGGCAUGGAGUCUCUGCCCACCUAAUUGUGGCCAUUUUCUGGUUGACCCUCGUGCUCAUGGCCUACUGCUACACCUCCAUCGCUCAGCAUGUGUACCGCUCCUACCGGAGAGUGCUCCGGGACGGCAGCGAGGCAGGCCGCAAAUCCAACCGCAGCAUCUUCAGCCUUCUGGCCGUGUUUUUUCUCUGCUUUGUGCCCUACCACGUGUUCCGUGUGCCCUACACGCUGAGUCAGCUGUCAGGCAUCAAGUUUAGCAUGCAAACACGCUUCCAGCUCUUCCAAGCCAAGGAGGCCACGCUUUUCCUGUCAGCCCUCAACGUGUGUCUGGACCCCGUCAUCUACUUCCUCAUGUGCAGGACAUUCAGAGAGUCACUGCUGCGUAAGCUGUCUACUGCAGACGGUGAGAACAGGAGGCCCUCUGUUACCAAUGGACUUAGCGUCAGUAAUUUGUAGAAGAGAACUGAUUUAUGCAUACUCUGCCCACAAAUGUGUUAUUUUGUAGUGUUGUGAGGUUGUACAAGCUUUAAAGAAAAACCCAUUCAUCCUACAACACCCAAAAUCCAUUCAACCUACAUCAUGGCUUAUCCUAAUGGCAGGAGAGUGUUGUACUGGAUUGUGUCACAAGGCCCUCAAGAUGUCUGCACUAGAAAUAUCAAGUCUGCUUGUCAAGUUAAAAUUUGUUACUUAUUAACAAAUAUGCUAGCUUGGUAAGUUUUAACUACCUUAGCUAGUAGCUAUACAGUAACAAAUGUCAUUUAAAGCAGUGAUGGAUCUGUCUAACUUCAGUUUAGGACAGUGAUUAAAUGUGUACAAUGGGCUAUGUUUGAACCCCUCAUUUGACAUUGUAAAUAGAAGCUUAAAUAACGCAUAUAAUAACAUUAUAUUGCCCUGCCCUGGGUCCACUUAGCAAGCUUGCCAGCUAUCAUAAGCAAUCAGUGACACAAAAACAAACAAUUUUCACUUACCUGUAGCUCUAGCUGGAAGUUACCUCAUCCAUUUCUUUCUGGGGUAACAUCAGAAUGAUGCUUUCAGUGCUGCUACUUCUGAUCCUGCUGUUU